AUGACAGAUUCAACUAUUGACCAGCCUGUGAUUCGCAAUGGACCGCAAGGUUAUCGUGUUCCCUUACUUAUCAACGAUGCCCCAGUUUUGAAGGAGGAUGAUACUUCACGACAUCAGUCCUUUGAAGGAGGGUACUUCCAAGGCGCUGAUUUGUCUGACUGCGCGGCUGCUGUGGAGAGUUGCGGCAAAGCAUUCGUGGCUUGGUCCACAACUUCUCCGACCCAUAGGCGCGGUCUUCUCUUGCGUUUAGCACAGGUACUCAAGGACCAUCAGAAUGAGGCUCGAAAUAUUAUGAAGUCCGAGAUACACUGCGACGAUGAAUGGGCUUCUAUUGGUGUUACCACCAGUAUCGAUCUGAUCGAACAGACUGCGUACCUCCUCACAGCGGGGAGCAUGAGUGGCAGCAUCCCACAUACCCAACCUGAAGGUUCAUAUGGUUUGGUGUUCACUCGUCCUCUGGGGGUUGUUUUGGGAAUUGCUCCCUGGAAUUCGCCUCUCUUCUUGGCUUUUCGAGCAGUUAUUGCCCCACUUGCUGUUGGAAACACUGUCAUACUUAAGGGAUCUGAGCUUAGUCCUCGGAUACAUUACUUCAUUGCCGGGUUGUUCGCAAAAGCUGGCUUCCCUCCCGGUGUCGUCAACUUUAUCCUUCAUCGACCGCAAGAUGCCCCUGAAGUAGUCAAUUAUCUCAUCCGAGACCCUGCUAUCAGAAAGAUCAACUUCACUGGCUCAACGCCAGUUGGGCGCAGUAUUGCUGAGCAAGCGGGACGGGCUCUGAAGCCAGUAUUGCUGGAGCUAGGUGGGAAGAACUGUUGCAUCGUCUUGAAGGACGCAGACAUUGGCCGUGCAGCUGAAGCAGCUCUUGCAGGAGCAAUACUAAAUCUACAAAGCAGGAAUGGCUCCGCGUAUCGACUUGUCGGGCCAAAGAGCCACGCGCGAGUACAAGCUUUGGUCUCCGAUGCAGAAGCCAAGGGAUCCUCUAUCAAGCUUUCCACGGAGCACCAGACCGAAUCAAACCUGAUACCCAUCACGAUCCUCGAUAAUAUCAACAGCUCUAUGGACUUCCUACGUACAGAGAGUUUCGGUCCCUGUCUUGGAAUCGUCGCGGUCUCUGACGGGGACGAGGCUGUGAAGAUCGUCAACGAUAGUGAUUACGGGUUGUCUGGUGCGAUAUGGACACAGAAUCAGUACGCAGCAUUGGAAAUGGCGCGUCGGCUGCAAGUUGGCGCGGUACAUAUCAACUCGUCUACUGUUCAUGAUGAAGCGACUUUGCCUCAUGGAGGAACGAAGCAGAGUGGAUUUGGAAGAUUUGGUGCGGAAUGGGGAUUGAAGGAGUUUGUUGAGACGCAAACAGUCAUCAUGCACCCGUGA